AACUGUUGCUUCUGCUAGCUAACCGCCUCAGGUGUGCGCGCUCCCCCCACCGCGGGAGCGCGCGGACAGGAACCGUCAGAGCAUGAAGGAAGAAGAUGCGGCUGGCCUCAGAAAUGGAUCACAAAGCUGUUUUCACAGCUUUGGAGAAAGUCUGUGAAGACAACAUCUCUGUCCUGUGUGGGCCCUCUGAGUCACCGUACGGCACCGUAACCAAGCGCCUGGUCCAAUGUAUAAGGAAAAUCCAGCAGCACGGCCGCGCCCUGGAGCCGAUGGUGGCCAGCUUCACCGCCGUCUACCAUCACUACGACUUUGACUCACAGACGCCUGGAAACGGAUACCGCACCCUGGUCAAGGUCUUACAGUCUUGCCUUCUGCACAUCAUUCAUAAAGGCCGUUACAUUGCCUCUAACUACAGAGGAGCCUUCUUCAGGGUGGAGCACAACGCCUCAGAGAUGGAGGCGUACUGCAGCGCCCUCUGCCAGCUGCGAGCUCUGCUCUACCUCGCUCAGCAGCUGAUCCACGACAUCGACCACGGUCAGCUGUACAUGCAACAGGAUGCUGACCUGAGUGGCAGGUUUGUGCAGGAGUACAGCUCCAUGCACAAAGCCUGUUUCUACGGACGCUGCCUAGGCUUCCAGUUCUCUCCUGCUCUGCGACCGUUUCUCCAAACCAUCGUAAUCAGCAUGGUUUCAUAUGGAGAGACGUACGGCAAGCAGCAGUCUGGGAUAGGAACAGCUGCCCUGUCCCUCCUCACUUCAGGAAAGUACGUGAUUGAUCCUGACCUGCGAGGGGCUGAAUUUGAGCGCAUUACUCAGAAUCUGGACUUGCACUUUUGGAAGUCGUUCUGGAACGUCACAGAGUCCGACAUUUUAUCAGGUUUCACCCGGAUAGCCUCUAACCCCGUGCAGGUGAACCUCACGCUAACCGUGCCUCCUGCUGGCCUGCGCCUGCCUCUUGCCUCAGACCCCAGGCUUACGACCACCGUGUCGCCUCCCGUCGCCCACUGGGGCCCUGGGCCGGUCCACAUGAGACUGAUCUCCUAUGAGCUGCGAGAGGGUCAGGACAGUGAAGACCUGCUCAGGUUUUCCCAGAGUGAUGCUGCCCCCAUCUCAUCGCCCCGUCUGCCCUGGGUACAGAAGAGGCCUCCUUCUCCCUGGUUGCUUGUCCACUUCCAUGGAGGAGGCUUUGUGGCCCAGACGUCCCGUUCCCAUGAGAACUAUCUGCGUAACUGGUCGAAGGAGCUGAGUGCCCCGGUCCUCUCUGUUGACUACUCUCUGUCACCUGAAGCGCCAUUUCCUCGAGCUCUGGAGGAAUGUUUCUACGCCUACUGCUGGGCCCUAAACAAUUGCCAUCUGCUGGGUUCUACUGCAGAGCGAGUCUGCCUGGCCGGGGACAGCGCCGGAGGAAACCUCUGCAUCACCGUGUCCAUGAGGGCCUUGGCCGCCGGGAUCCGGGUCCCUGACGGCAUCAUGGCCGCCUAUCCUGCCACCUUGCUUACUACUGAUGCCUCGCCCUCUCGCCUGCUCACACUCAUCGACCCUGUGCUGCCUUUAGGCGUUCUCGCAAAGUGCAUCAAUGCCUACGCAGGUUCGGACUUCCAGACGCUUCAGCCUGCCGAGAGGAGAGGCAGCCUGAGCGCUCUGGGCAGAGACACGGCCCUGCUGCUCAGUGACCUUACUCAGGGAGCCUCUAACUGGAUCCAGUCCUUUCUGGACCCUGGCCGGACGCAGAGCGACACAUUGUUUCCGUCACAUAGAGGGAAUGAUCACCGCAGGGCUUUGGCUCCCGCUGCCACAUCAAGCUCUGCAGACAUCCUUCCCUAUCCUGAUGGAUUUGAGCCGCUGCGCUCUGAGUGUCACGCUUACGUCCUUCCGACGUCCUGCCCCGUAAUCAGGAACCCAUUUGUGUCUCCCCUGCUGGCGCCGACCAACCUGUUGAAGGGCCUGCCGCCUGUUCACUUAGUGGCCUCGGCGCUGGAUGCUUUGCUCGACGACUCGGUGAUGUUUGCCAAAAAGCUGCGAGCGAUGGGUCAGCCCGUGACCCUGGUGGUGGUGGACGACCUUCCUCACGGGUUCCUCAACCUGGCGCAGAUCUGCAAGGAGACGCAGUUCGCCUCCGAGUUCUGCGUGGCACGGAUCAGGGAGAUCUUCCAGCCGGAGAUCUCCAAACGCUCCGCGCCGGCAGAGACCUAGCUCCGAGACUUUAGGCUGGUUCUGCAAAGUCGAGAAGUAAAACUCGGAUCAUUUGCAGAGAGGGACGCUGGGGAGGAAUGGAACAGAUGAGGGGAAAACACUGCACUUUAAACCUGCACUGCACAGCUUAACUGGAUAUGGCAGCAUUUUUCUCAGAUUUUCCUGUCUAACGUUCUGAUUGGUGGAAGGUUCAGAAGCACAGGAGAUGAUCUGUCCCUCAGCUUCUUCUUGAGUCACUGGUACCAGCUCAACGCUCUGGUUUUUAAAACUCAUUCCCAGUUUGAAGAAAAACAUUAAGACCAUAAAUCCAACCUCUUCAUUCAGCAGCUGACCGAUCAGCUAUGCAGGUUGGAGGCUGACCAUGAAGCAGGUCUACAGGUUACUCCUUAAAUGUUCUGCCUGAGUAGACUGGGCUUGGACCUGAGUUCAUCCGUUUGCUCAAAAAAAGCCGGAACACUUUGUUCUCCGUGGACAAAACCAUAAUCCAUCUUCUGGUUAUUGUCCCUCUCCCAGAAACACACUCCAGCUCAUUCAGGCAGAUCCCAAGGGGUUCCUUGCCCAGAAGGGAUAUUGGUCCCUCUUUUUAGUUCUGGUUCUGUCUUUGUGGCCUCCUCCCAGAAGCCUGAACCACCUGGGCUGACUCCUUUUGCUGGGCCCCUAUUAAAUGAUGGAGCUCCUCUUCUUAUUUCUAACGCAGAGCCUGGCCACUUUUUCAGAUGAAGCUCAUUUAAGAUCCAUUUAUCCAGGAUCUGGUUCUUCCAGUCUGGAUCCAUAUCUCAGCACCAAAGCUGGAGCGGUGGAUCCAGAGCUUCAUCUUGCAUCUCAGCUCCUUCAUCCUCACCAUAGACAGGAGCAGCGUUCUCAUUAGUGCAGAUGAUCCAUCUAGCCAUCACACAUGAUGAACCUGAACUGGUCCAGUUGAAGCAGAUGGACCACCAACCACCUUUCCUCUGGUUCAGAACCUUAGACCUAGAGAAGCUGAUGAAGAGCUUCUCGGUGGAGUCCAACUUGCAGUGGAAACGCGUUCUGGGGAAUCCAGACACAACCAAACUCCUGGUGACUCCCGGUUCUGUCCGAUUGUCUUCUUCGGUCCACCUGGAUGCGCUACACUCCAAGCUGAGCUCUCUCAUGGUUUCCCGUCACUCACCGGAAGUAUAUGCAGAUGAUUCAAACUUGGCUUCAGAUUUUUGGGGAGGUUUAAAACCCAGAACGUUCUGCUGGUGCUGGAAUGUGAUUAAUUUUCUUCUUCAGAACAAAACAGGAAAACAUUCUUCUGAUGAGGUUCUGAUGACUCACUCUAACAGAACCUGAUCUCUGUGCCUUUAACAGAACGUUCUGCUUCUUAUCGUCACUUUAAUCAGCACUGAAGCUAGACCUUACGAGGAAGCUCAUUCCAGAUGACCCGUGGGUUUUCAUUAUUAAUAUUGUUGUAUUUGGACCUGAUAUUUAACUUGAUGUUUACAGCAGUUUGCGGUUCUGAGGUUGGAGAAAACAAAAUGUAAAAUCAUCCUUUGUUUCUCACUGAGUUGUGAUAUCCAGAGUGUAAUAAACCAGAACUACCAGAA